CCCGCCCUCCCAGGCUCAAACCUUCAAAUACGCUGUCCCGGGCGGCGGGGGCGCCGAGCUGCAGCCCGCUGCCCCCCCUUCCCUCCGCCCACGCGCGCGACCCCUCUGCCAUCUCUGACCCCGGCUGGGUGGGCAGCCUCGCAGAGGCUGCGGUGGCUCAGGGAGGCUUCCGGAGGUGUAGCCAGUCACCCCCGCUGCGGCCGGUGGGCACUGCCGGCUCCCUCUGGUGCGGAAAGGAGAGAAGAGCGAGACAGAGACGGAGAGACAGAGAAAAGGAGAGGGACAGAGAGGGAGAGAGACAGAGACACACAGAGAGAAAGACAGAGAGAGCCAGAGAGAGAAGAGAGACCGGGAGACACGACGUCCUGCAUCCCCGGAAGGAAGCACACUUGAUAUCCCCCGAGAUGAAUUUGCCCCUUGGAUACUGGAGGCUCUCGCUCCUUGCUCUCUGCCUCCCUUUCUUCCCAGCUUAUCCUACCCCUGUGCUAGCAAAGGAUUCUGAGGUCCAGUGUGAGAAUUUCAAGAUGGAAUCUGAGUGUGAGACCAGUGAACAUCCCCAAUCGAAUCUUUGGAGCAAGGCAACAGUGAAAUCUCUCGCCUGUGAAGCUUGUAUAAAUGUGAUGAGUGUAAUUGGCAACUUUAUGGAAAGUGAUUCAGAGGAACUCAAGGAUUUAUGUGGAUAUACUGGGGUCUGUGACACAGGGAAGGAAAUGCCAGUGACUGCCGGCAACGAGAUCCCUGAGCCAGAGGUGGUGGAGAAGAAUUUGGUUCAGAAGAAGAUUGGUCCUGCUUGUGAACUGUGUCAGUAUGUCAGCACAGAGAUUGACAAAUUGCUGAGUAACAACCCGAGUAUGCAUCAGAACCUGCGUCAAUCGCCCGGGUUGUCGGAGGAGGUGAUUAAUGCAGCAAAGGAGGCGUGCUCGGCGAUCCCCAGCUACGUGGUUGGGAGCUGCCGAGACCUGGUCAGCAGCCACGGGCUGAGUAUUGUGCACCUUCUCCUGGAGGAGACCGACCUCGACUCCGUGUGUAGCGCUCUUAACAUUUGUGAAGGGAAAGCACCAGCACAAGCAGUUAACGUGGCCACGUUUAAGAGCGAUGUCUUCUGUGAAGUGUGCAAAAUGGUCGACGGCUACUUAGACCAGAACCUGGACAAGAACAGCACGCAGGCCAUGAUUCUCUCUGCCUUUGAGAAGGCCUGCAGCAGGCUGCCAGGAGUUUACAAGCAGGAGUGUGAUGAGUUUGUGGAGAAGUACGAGCCCAUACUGAUAGAGGCCCUGCAUGACGAGAUGGAUCCUAAGUCUCUGUGUCCGAGAAUUGGAGCUUGCCCCCCAACUCCUCCUAAGCCCCUGUUGGGAACUGAGCAAUGUGCCGGGGCCCCAGCUACUGGUGUGAGAACACGGAGACGGCAGCUCAGUGCAACGCUGUUGAGCACUGCAAGAAGCACGUAUGGAAUUAGAAGACAUCCCUUCUCUCUUGGAAGCAUUACACUUUCUUUCUAUUUGUGUGUCUGGGGGAAUACACAGAUCUGAUUUUCCCCCUGUUUUUAAAUGAGCCCAUAUCUUCUUCUCCCUCCAUCCUAUCACUCUUGUUCCAUUUGUCCAUGGGUCUGAAAGGCACCAUAUUGGCCAUGUCAUCAUGCUUUUUCCUCCUCCGCUAGAUGAACGAUGGGCAAUGAAUGCAUCAUGGACUAGCGUCUGGGUGGGAUGGUGGAGAUGUAGGUUGGGGGGAAGGCGGGAGCCUUGGAAUAGGGCCCAGCCCACUGAUGGUCAGAUUGAGGCUUCAAACUUAGAAUCUCUUGGCUGUUUAGAACUGUCCUAGGCUUAGGCUAUUACGGGCCCCCUUAACUUAUUGGUUUGCCUUAUAUAUUAGGGGUAGAAGAAAGGCAUAAUUUGUCCUUAAGUGUAAGAAUUCUGAGUCCUUUUUGGUUUUUUAAACUGGUUUUGCCACAGUGUGGAGGAGUCCCAGUCUCCUCCCUGGGAGCUGCUGUUGCCUUAGAAAGGGGAGGGGAAGGGGUUUGAGGGAGUCCAGUUCUGAUUUCCUCGAAUACCCCCACUCUUGGGUUAUAGCUUUCUCCUGUUGUCUGUUUCUUUGUGCUACAUUUCUUGAGCCUUUGCUUUGAAGUGUAUUUAGGGAGUGGGACAGAGCUGUGACCGGGGCUGUAUUGCGUGAUGGGUAGCACUGGGGAUUGUACCUAUAGGACUUCUCUGAGUCCUCGACAUAUGUGGUGAAUAUAAUGGUGCCUGCUGAGCACAAAGAAUCUGUUUCUUCUAGCUCUGGGUGAAUGUUUUGCUGGUGUCUGUGCUUGCUUUCCAUAAAACUCUGGGUACAUCACACAGUUCCCAGGGCACUGCCGCAGCCCCUUCCUACCUUAAUUGUCAUCAUAGUAAUAAUAAUUAUUAUUUUUCCUGAGGCAAUUGGGGUUAAGAGACUUGCCCAGGGUCACAUAGCCAGGAAGUAUUUAAGUAUCUGAGGUCAAAUUUGAACUCAGGUCCUCCUGACUUCAGGGCUGGUGCGCUAUCCAGCUGCCCCCUAUCAUAAUUAUUUUUAAAGUUAAUGUGAGGGACAAAAUUCUGCAUUUUUGGCUUCUUUAUAGAAAAAUGGUUGUCAGUUGUAGAAGCAGAUGAACACAAAAGGAAUCUGGAUUUCAGUUUCUCCUCUCCCCUUGUGAUAGCACCCUCUGCUCUAUUAUGAAAGAGACUAAAUACUGAUGAUUUUUUUUUCGCCUUAAAUCUUUCUAUGAUUCACAAUAAAAGUUGAGAAAAAUGA